CGGACGCCAUGCACAGGAAGCACCUCCAGGAGAUUCCCGACCAGAGUAGCAACGUUACCACCAGCUUCACGUGGGGAUGGGAUUCUAGCAAGACUUCUGAACUGCUUUCAGGCAUGGGGGUCUCUGCCUUGGAGAAGGAGGAGGUGGACAGUGAGAACAUCCCCCAGGAACUGCUUUCAAACCUGGGCCACCCGCAGAGCCCUCCGCGAAAACGGCUGAAGAGCAAAGGGAAUGAAAAGGACUUUGUGAUCGUCCGCAGACCUAAGCUAAAUCGAGAGAACUUUCCAGGUGUUUCAUGGGACUCCCUUCCAGAUGAGCUGCUCUUAGGAAUCUUUUCCUGUCUGUGCCUCCCUGAGCUCCUGAAAGUCUCCAGCGUUUGUAAAAGAUGGUAUCAUCUAGCGUUUGACGAGUCUCUCUGGCAGACCUUAGACCUCACAGGUAGGAACCUCCACCCAGAUGUGACCGGUCGGCUGCUGUCUCGAGGGGUGGUUGCCUUCCGCUGUCCACGAUCAUUUAUGGACCAACCGCUAGUCGAACAUUUCAGCCCUUUUCGUGUACAGCACAUGGACUUGUCAAACUCUGUGAUCGAUGUGUCUACCCUCCACGGCCUUCUGUCCCAGUGCUCCAAGUUGCAGAAUCUCAGCCUGGAAGGCCUGCGGCUUUCGGAUCCCAUUGUCAAUAAUCUUGCUCAGAACACAAAUUUAGUGCGACUAAACCUUUCUGGGUGUUCUGGAUUCUCCGAAUCUGCCCUAAAGACCUUGCUGAGCAGCUGUUCCAGAUUGGAUGAGCUGAACCUCUCCUGGUGUUAUGACUUCACUGAAAAGCACGUGCAGGUGGCUGUUGCACACGUGUCAGAGACCAUCACCCAGCUGAAUCUCAGCGGCUACCGAAAGAAUCUGCAGAAAUCAGAUGUCUCCACCUUAGUUGGAAGAUGUCCCAAUCUGGUCCACCUAGAUUUAAGUGACAGUGUCAUGCUGAAGAAUGACUGCUUUCAGGAAUUUUACCAGCUCAACUACCUCCAACACCUAUCCCUCAGUCGAUGCUAUGACAUAAUACCCGAAACUUUACUGGAACUUGGAGAAAUUCCCACACUAAAAACACUACAAGUCUUUGGAAUCGUGCCAGACGGUACCCUUCAACUGUUAAAAGAAGCCCUUCCUCAUCUACAGAUUAAUUGUUCCCAUUUUACCACCAUUGCCAGGCCAACCAUCGGCAACAAAAAGAACCAGGAGAUAUGGGGCAUCAAAUGCCGACUGACACUGCAGAAGCCCAGUUGUCUAUGAAGUAUCUGUUGCAGGAUGGUGUCUCCUCUUUUCUUUGAACAGGGAAAGUAGGCAGGAAGCCCAGUUGCUGGAGAACUCAGCUAUUUUUAUUCUUGGUUUUCCCUUGCCUUCCUUCUCCA